ACAACAUAAACUAUUACUAAUACUAAUAUUUUUUUUUUUUUUAUAUUUGUAGUACGCUCCAUUCAUGGAUUUUAGAAGGAUUCCAGAACCGCAUGAUUUCCGUGGCAUCAUGAUCAAGGUCCUGGCCAUCAUCGCCAACAAACUCGAUGUGUGCAUGGACUUCGUGGUGCCCAGUAACUCCUACUUUGGCCGCCGUCUGGAGAAUGGCUCAUGGAGUGGCCUUAUGGCUAUGUUAAAUCGAGGGGAGGUGGAUAUGACUGGCACAACGCUUACCAUAAGUGAUGAGCGUCUACAAGCCAUGGUUGCCAGUGUUCCUUUAUAUAUGGACUUCCAGACCCUCAUAUACCGAAGACCCAUAUUCGAAUCGGAUCUUUUAGGGUUCGUGAAGCCCUACACUAAGGAGGUGUGGCUUUUUCUGGCAGUGGUGCUAGUGGUGGUUACGGUGAGCACUUCAGUGAUAGGCAAAGCCAAAGUCAUGACAUUUUCUCCUCCACCCACCAUUAAAAGCAAGCGACUAGAGAAAUAUGAUGAAAAUACCACUGGACGGAUCUCCUUUUGGACUUUCGGGUCAUUCCUGGGGCAGUCUAUAGAAUGGAAACCGGGCAAAUACUCAGGGCGCAUGGCAGCUAUCGUGUGGUUACUAAUGGCUCUGAUUAUUGGCAUCGUAUACCGCUCCAAUCUGAAGGCUAUGCUGAUUGCUCCCAAGCUUCGUUUGCCUUUUGACAGUAUGGAAGAGCUUUUGGAGACCAAUAUUCCAUGCCUAGUGCUUGAGGGCACAAUGAUGCAUCGGCUCUACUUGAACGCAGCUCCUGGUUCACUAUUGCAUCGCGUCCGCAAGCAGGCACUCGUGCACGGUGACAUAUACCGUGCUACUUUUGACCUAAAAGACAAGAAAUAUGCUGUGAUCGGCAGUGGCCUCGGUGCUGACAAUGCAAUCGACCUUCUUUAUAGUGUGCCUGCAGCACUUGCGAGACACGGGCAUCUUGGAUCAUCUGUAUCAUCAGCAGCUCCCGAACGCAACCAAAUGCUCCCGUACCGUUUCGCUGAGGAAUACAAGCGAUUCAAGACGAGCCCUUGAUGUAGUUGACUUUUAUGGCGUAUUUUGCGUAUUCUUGGGAGGUUUAACUUUGGCGUCGAUAGUGUUUAUGCUGGAGAUUGUAAUCAAGCCGGUUCAUGGUACUUAGAUAUCCAAUGACCAGACUUCCAUCCAGAACUGGCAUCUGGAUUUAAACACUUGAAUAUGUAGCUUUACCCAUUGGACAGUUUUCUACGUAAGAACUAUGUUGAUUGUACUUUAUAUUGGUUUCUUAUGGGGAUAAAUAUAAUGCUUGUUUUGGUUACAUGUAUAUUUAGAUUUUCCAAUGUAAUUCUAUAAGAGCUACGCUGACUGUACUUCUUAUUUGACAAUACAGUUUAUCUAGAGCUAUGUCACCUACACGACAGUCUACAGGAAACUGUACACAUUAUGCUGUAAUUAUAGUAUACAAUAUUAUCUAUCUAUCUAUCUAUCUAUCUAUCUAUCCAUCUAUCUAUCUAUCUAUCUAUCUAUCUAUCUAUCUAUC